AUGUUAUGGGACACUCUAAAGUCCAUGGAGAAUAAGAGCACCACCUCCCAGAUGCCCAAUUGGCUGAGAGGAGUACAAGACGAGUACAAGAAGGAGGGAAUCGUCUGGGCCUUCAUUGACUUCGGCAUGGACUUGUCUGCCUGCAUUGAGCUUAUUGAGAAGGAUUCAGAGAAUCUGAACGAUGCUGAGGAAAGGUGUGAGGGGCUCAUCAAGAGCAAGAUCCAACUGGAGGCCAAACUCAAAGAGACGACUGAGAGGCUGGAGGAUGAGGAGGAGAUGAAUGCUGAGUUGACUGCCAAGAAGAGGAAGCUGGAGGAUGAGUGCUCUGAGCUGAAGAAGGACAUUGAUGACCUGGAGCUCACCUUGGCCAAAGUGGAGAAGGAGAAGCACGCCACUGAAAACAAGGUUAAAAACCUGACAGAGGAGAUGGCGUCUAUGGAUGAGAGUGUUGCCAAGCUGACCAAGGAGAAGAAAGCCCUCCAAGAGGCCCACCAGCAGACACUGGACGACCUGCAGGCAGAGGAGGACAAAGUCAACACUCUGACCAAGGCCAAGACCAAGCUGGAACAGCAAGUGGACGACCUUGAGGGUUCUCUGGAGCAAGAGAAGAAGCUUCGUAUGGACCUUGAGAGAGCCAAGAGAAAGCUGGAGGGAGAUCUGAAACUGGCCCAGGAGUCCAUAAUGGACCUGGAGAAUGACAAGCAGCAGUCUGAUGAGAAAAUCAAGAAGAAGGAGUUUGAGACCACCCAGCUCCUCAGCAAGAUAGAGGAUGAACAGUCUCUGGGAGCUCAGCUGCAGAAGAAGAUCAAGGAACUCCAGGCCCGUAUUGAGGAGCUGGAGGAGGAAAUUGAGGCUGAGCGUGCUGCCAGGGCCAAGGUUGAGAAGCAGAGGGCCGAUCUGUCCAGGGAACUUGAGGAGAUCAGCGAGAGACUUGAGGAGGCCGGAGGCGCCACUGCUGCUCAGAUUGAGAUGAACAAGAAGCGCGAGGCUGAGUUCCAGAAGCUGCAUCGUGAUCUUGAAGAGUCCACCCUGCAGCAUGAGGCCACAGCCGCCGCUCUGCGCAAGAAGCAGGCCGACAGUGUUGCUGAGCUCGGGGAGCAGAUCGACAACCUGCAGCGCGUCAAGCAGAAGCUGGAGAAGGAGAAGAGUGCUUACAAGAUGGAGAUUGAUGACCUCUCCAGCAACAUGGAGGCUGUUGCCAAGGCUAAGGUGAGUAGUGAUGUUUUGGUCAAGCAGUGUUGA